AAGAAUCCAACAUGGCGAGUGCAAGUGAAGGUAACGAGGAGAAAACACCACUGUCGAAGCAGUUGUCAUCCGAUGACAAGCCCAGUGGAGAACAUUUAAAAAAGAAAAGAAAGCAUAGCCACGAUUUUCAGUCAAGCAAACAUGAACGAACGGAGAAAGAAAAGCAAAGUGAAGAUCAUUGGAAUAUAACGACUGUGUCAACCUUCAAGAAUGGUUCCCGCUCUCCUUCACCAAACAAACACAGUAACGGCUUGAAAACAAAGCUAACGAAGAUCAAGGUAGAAGAUGGACAAAGAACACCUGAAACUUCACCACAGAUCAUUGCUCAUAAUGAUCUGAAGCUGAAAAUUAAAAGAAACUCAGGUGUGGAAAACAACCAUGAACACAAGUCAAAUGGAGUGUCUGAAACUAAAAAGAAGAARCACAAAAAGCAUCAUCACAAGCAUGAAGAGAAAUACUUCCAUGACAUUGAUCAUUGCAUCCUUGAAAAUCCCAAGGAAAAAACAAGGUUGUCUCACCUAAUACAUAUAGAGGAAGACUGUAAUGGUGGUGCUUCAGUUGUACAUGUCUACGAUGAUGAAAUUGCCAACUUAAGCCCUGAAAAAAUGGAAAAGUUUGUCAAGCUAUUUUUUCGGGAAACCUAUGGUGAAGACACCAAAGGACAGCCAAGACAUGUAAUGGGUAUUGUUCAUGGUGCAGCAUCUUACCUUCCUGAACUAACAGAAUACUUUGGAACACACCAUCAAAAUAUGACUGUCAAAACCWCACCCAUCAGCAAAAAACUGGACGUAGAGACUAUCAAGAUGAGUGAAUAUUUAACAAAAGUUCAGGCAACAUAUAGUGCAGGAACCCUUCGUUGUGGUCCUCUUAUGCAGUUUAGUGUAGUUGGGACUGUUCAAGAGGAGACCGGUGGUUAUUUUCCAGAAUUUCUAGACCUGUUGGAAAAGAGUCCAUUUUUAAAGGAAACCAUGCCAUGGGGAAGGUUAUCAGCUUUAAAACUAGAAAAUCGCAAUCAGAGUAAUGAUGGUCCUAUUGUCUGGGUACGUCCAGGGGAACAAUUUGUUCCAACAGCUGAUUCAUCAAGCUCACCAAGUAAAAGACGGAGAGCCACUGUCAAUGAACUUCAAAAUCUACAAUAUCUUCCAAGAACAUCAGAACGUAGAGAGAUGUUGGCAGAGGACAGGACAAGAUGCCACGCAGACCAUGUGGGUCAAGGGUUUGAUCGMCAGACUACUGCAGCCGUUGGUAUAAUCAAAGGAGUACACACAAAGAAUGAAAGGAGUAAAAUGAAUAGACAUUGCAAAGAUGUGAUAUGUUUCCAUCCUGCUUACUUCGAUGACCUUGUCCAAAAGCUGCAGCUAGAUCUGCAUGAACCUCCUGUGUCGCAGUGUGUCCUCUGGGUCGAUGAUGCAAAGUUGAACCAAUUAAGAAGGGAUGGCAUCAAGUAUGCCCAUAUCGUUUUAAGGGACAAUGACAUCUACUUUAUCCCUCGCAAUGUAAUCCACCAAUUUAAAACCAUAUCAGCAUCAGCAAGUAUAGCAUGGCAUCUAAGACACAAAAUGUAUCAUCCUGAGCUAACUAAAAAUGAUGGCCCAAAGCACUCAUAAAUAAAGGCCAUCAGGUAAUUUAUUUSUAUAUUAUACUGUAGAGCUAUAUUUCAUACUUAUAUAAUUAUUAGACCAAUAUUAGUCACAAUAAUUUAGGAAUUUUUUGAUUGUUGUCGUUCCAAGGAUUUUUAGGAUAAACUUCUUUUCAGGCAUCCUAUGUACUUUAUCCAUCACGGCAUAAUAUCAUAAUAUUUUCCCAUUUCAGAUCAUGAUAUUCUCUCAAGAAUAAUAUUAUUUAUUUGAGUUGUAUUCAUAUUCAUAUGUCUUGUCAUGUGUAGCUGUUAGAGCAGUUUUCGUAUGACWGUGAAAAAGUCGGUGCCGUAUGCGUGCCUUGCCGCGACCAUGAUGUUUUCUAGACUUUUGAUUGGGGGAUUUUUCUCUCAUGCAAUGUGAUUGGUCGGACAGUGCUGUGACAUUGGCGUGACAUUGGCGUGACCGUGUCCGCACGUUGUUCCAAGCCGUGUUUCGGACAGUUGAUUGGAUGAAGAGUAAAUUCUUGUGCAAAGCGAUUGGUCGGGCAUAUGCCUUGCUGUGUCAUGACCAUGUUUGUACUGUGGGCAUUUUCACAGUCAUACGAAAACUGCUCUAAACAAUAAGAUACUCUAGGGAAUCAUACCUGGUCUGAAAUGGGAACACAGUGGAUUAGGUCUACUAACUAGUCAGCUAUUGCGGUCAACCCGUAACUAACUACUAUAGUCUAGUUUUACAUUGUAAAUUUGCUCAUUGGUUUUGGUGGACAUCUCUUUGGCAUUUAUGAAAUUAUUUACGGUCAUUAUGGCACAAGUUUAAAGCCAAAAUUCCAGAAAUUGUAUAGUUCACCAAAAUGUAAAGACAUUAAUUCAGAAUUGUUAAGGUCCUUUACCAGCUCCUGUUCGAGUUCAUUUAAACCCUUAGCACCACAUUCACUAUGAUCYCCAUUCAAAAUGUAUCCACUCACUACACAAUUCACUGAAUGAUUGACAUGACAACGAUCAAAACAAUUGCCAAACAAGUUGAGAGGUAACUUGUUUGUAAAUAAUAGUAGAAUAGAAGGGUUUUAUUUAUCUGUAUUAUAAUGCAACCUUCUAACUUUUUACGAGUAUAUUUAGGGUUUAAGAUAGUUUUCUAAAAAAAAGAAUUUCAAAAAGGAAUUCCAGGAGCAAAAUUACAAACCCUACUUUUUUAGAUUUUUAUGAGCCCCAAUAAUUAUAAUUGCAACCAAGUCCAACUUUUUGGAAGUCUAGAAAAGAGCAUAUACAAAAUGACUUGAUGCAACAUAAUUUUGAACAAAGAAAUGUUCAAGUUUUAAAUGGCAGUUGCAUUGAAUUUAAACYGCCUUCCCUCUCCCCUCUAGUUCACAGCACAGGAAGUCCAUUUCUUGGCUUUGCCCAUAAUUUCCACUUGCCUGGAUCUUAAAAGUUCUGUAGCCAGUUGUAUGUAGCAGGGGAUAAAAGUGCUAUCCAAUGAAUAGUUAUCCAUAUCUUUAUCCAGUGGAUAACUCAUACAGUAUUCAAUCAUUGUGCAACCAAAUCAUGCCAUGUGGAUAAUGUCUAUCUGCUGGAUAAGGAUUUAUUAAGUGGAUAUUGCUUAAUGGGACAUUUGUACAAUGAGUCCUGUUAGAUUUGGAAGUUUCUGCUUGUAACUUGAUGCACCAUGUUACCAAUAAUUAUUAGAGAAAACUAUAUUUAAAAACAUUUAUACAGUCUGUAAGAGCUCCUAAAUGGAGUUGGAAGAGUCAAAUUAGGUUAAUGUAUGAAGCCAAACUGAGGAUUACAAAAAGACACUUUUUGUAUUUUGAGGAAUUUGGUUUWUUUAUUUUACCUUGUUGAGUACCUUUACAUGUGCAGUGUAACUACUCCAGUCAUAGCCUAUUUUAUCACAAUAUUAAGUAUAGAAAUCCUAAUGAUAAAACCUUAUCUUACCAAGACUUAGAAUUUCUGUUUGUCUAUAAAGCUGAGUACAAAAAUUAAUGGAUCAAAAUUUGAAAUAAUUUCAUUUUUGACAUGAAAAUUAAUGGUAUUAUUACUGAAYUUUGUAACAUAAGCAUAAAAACAUACCAUAAGCAGUGUUGUGCAAUGUUCAUUAAUACCAGUUGUCUUUCUUCACRCCUGUUAGGGAAGAGCUGCACUGAGUCUGUGUAAGUUGCUAGUGCUUAUACUUAUUUCAAUAAAGCUAGUCACAGACCUACAAA